AUCGCUUUUUCGUGGGCUUGUCAGGCGGCACGAGACUCGCGGUUUUUAGCAUGCAGUCGUUGAAAUGAAACAGCGCAUUUUUAAACCAUUACUAGGCAUUCAGCUGCUUCAGUAUUUCCAGUAAAACCUCUAUUCUGACAAAUGUGAAUAAACAAAUCCGAUUGUAUCUGAAGUUGUCGCGUUGGAGUGUUUGGAUUUCAUAUCAAUGCAGAGAAACAGGAUUGCGACACAGUAAUGCUUUAGCUUCCUCUGUGUACUGCACUUACAAGGCUGGUUAGUCAGCGUGCCACCGCUGGUUUCAGAGAUCCAGCCCGAUCGGAAGGCGAUGAGCUGGGCAGAGGAGGACUGGACGGUGGGGUUGUCUGGCCGGGUCCUGCAGAAGGUCAAGGAGCUCCAGAUCCAGCAGGAACGGCUCAACAAAGAGAGGCAGCAGAAACAGCUACAGCUGGACAGCACCCAGACCUCCCUCAACAAACAGACUGUCAAGUAUGAGCAGGUACGUGGGGAGCUGCAGAGUGUGCAGCGGGAGCUGCAGGCUGCCAGGAAGGAGGUGCAGGCAGGUGUGUGUGCUAGAGAUCGUCUCUCUCAGGACCUGCAGGUGAAACAGGCCCAGGUGUGUUCACUGGAGGGACAGCUGGCCUCGGCCCGCACUCUCACACACACCCUUGAGAAAGAGGUCAAAAGGUUGGAGGCGGAGCUAGAGAAGCUUCAGAACACUAGCAGCUCUGGAGACUCCAUGUUUUCCACCCCUUGCUGGAGUGGGACAUCACCAUGGGACCAGAAUGGUGGGAGACAGGAGGACAGACAAGGACACAGAGGAGAGGCCCUGCAAGCCAGACAACAGCUCAAGUUUUCCGACCCUGGUGUAUCGCCCACGUUCCCACGACAACAACCGAAAGGCACGCCCCACCGGCUCCACCAAUCAGACUCCUCUACUCCCUCUGCUGUGUUUCCGUGGGAACGGGAUGACCCGAAGGCUUCCGGCAGAGGGCGUCCCGCUCCCCCUCCCUCUCCCCCUCUCCCCUCCUUCAGUGAUGUCAUCAGUCGAGGCCAGGAUGCCAGGGAUUGUGGGAUGAUGGCGGAUCCUCGGGGACGGCCAGACAUGACCGGGCCCGUUGCAGAGUUGCAGGGGCGAGUGCGUGCUGUAGAAGGGGAGCUGAAGGCCGAGUGUGAGCGGUUCAGACAGACCCAGGACGCUCUAGCCGCCGCCAGGAAAGACCUGACUGCCAGAGAACAGAGCCUCCAGAGGACCAAGGACGAACUGAGCCUCGCACACAGCCGCAUCUCACAGGAGACGGACCGGGCCCAGUCGUUGGAGCAGCGUGUGAAACAGCUGCAGGAGGAGCUGAAGUGUCAGAGACAGAACUCUGAGAGCAGCCGACUGCAGCAUCAGCAACGCUCCAGAGAUCUGGAGAAACAGCACCAAAGGGACUUGUCGGAGCUUCAGAAGGAGCAUCAGUCUGUUGAGAAACAGCACCAGCAGGACAUGAACAAACUGAACCAGGAGAUCCAGCAGGCCAGGACUCUAUACAACGCCCUACAAGCACAGAGUGAGAAGGUUGCUGUCCAGAAGCAGGCGUUGCAGAGGGAUGUUGAGACUCUGAAAGAGAAGCUCACGUGGACAGAGGGAGAAUGGAAGGAAAGCCAAAAAAAAGAGGCUCAAAUCCAAACAAAACUUACGGAGUCAUUGCGUGAGAGCGAAGGGCAGGGUGUGGCGCUGGAGCAGAGCAGGAGGAGAGAGAGGGGUUUAGAGGAGGAGGUGAAGAGGCUAGCUGACGAACUGGCUGAGGCCCUCCGACGUGUCAAGGAACUAGAAGACCAGAAAACUGUCCAGCUCUCUGCUACUCCAAUGACUCUAGUCCAAUAUAGCCCUGCUGGACAGAGCUUUGCUCCUGUUACACCAUCACGCCUUGACCGCCCCACUCAACACACAUUCUUGGCUCAACCCAGGAGAACUUCCAGGGGAGAGCAGGCCAGGGAGGGGAGAGGAACAGCAAAUUACCCCGCAGAGAGAGAGCCUGGAGAGGGCAUUGACUCCGAACACGUAACUGUGUUUGGCUCUACAGACUCCGAAAAAACACCAGGGGUAGGGCAGGAAGGGAGAGGGGAGGGGGGGGGGCAACAUGAGAGAAGAGACAAGGAAGAGUCAGUAGUAGAUGGCUGCAUCUUUGGAAAGGAAGCAUCCACCAGGGGCGAAAACACACUGAACACCCAGAGAUCUCCCUCUCCGACAGACAGAAGUCCCCACACCUCCAGCUCCGCUAGCUCAGACACAGACUACGAGAGUGAGACGCUGUCCAGCCACUCGAAACACUCCAAACCCCGAGCCCAGGUCACCAGGGAUGCGGAGGACCUCCAGGCGGAGAACCGAGAGCUGCGUUCAGAGCUGCAGGACAUAAAGAAGGAGUUACAGAGGAGACUGGAGGACCUGGAGACCCAGCGCACAGCAGAGGCAGAGGCCAGGACCAAGCUCAAGCAGCUCAGCCGCAAACAGGCCGAUACUUCGAGGGAGAGGGAGAAGGAGGAAAAGGAGAAGAGGAGGGAGUUAGAGGAGGGGAAGGCAGAGACGGGCAGGUUGAAAGAGGCCUUGGCUGCCCUGGAGAUAAAAGUGAGGAGAGAGAGGAAGGAGAGGGAAAGGAGUGUGGGGGAUGCAGAGAGAGAGAGGGAACGGGAGGAUCGAGAGUCUGAAAGCGUGCUGCUGAACCUCCAGCUAAAGAAGCAGCUGGCUGAGUUAAAGACUGAGCUCCUGAUAGAACGAGAGGAGAGAGAAAGGGAAAAGGAGGAUGAGAGGAUGAGAAACAAAGGGAUAGAAGGAAAGAUUGACCUGGUUGUCCAACUGAAAGAGCUACAAGCGGAGUUAGAGGAGCUGAAGAAGCAUGGGCGUCUCAAAGGGAAGAAUGCGGAAGAGAAGAACACUCCUCUGACAUAUCUCACACUACAUAGUGACAUCAGCUGUGUCCAUGACAACAAGCUGCUACCAUCUACCGACCAGCAGCGGCACCUGUGUGUGCCCAUCAACCUACAGGACACUGCUGUCUCCCAGGCAACAGGAACAACAGCUCAUAUAAUCCACCAAGAUGGAACUCUGAAGGAAGCUUUAGCGCCGGCCAGACCUGUAUGUGAGGGAGAGACUUCUGGUCAAUCUGCUUUGGAUCUGGGAGAAACUGUCGUUGACGGCGAGAAGCAGGUAUUCCCUUCAGACCUGGGAGAGACCACUGUAGAUGCCAAAACAGAGGUUUCUGGAGAGAGCGCUGUGUAUCUCCAGAGGGGGGGUCUUUCAGCCUCUGAGCUAGCCCAGGAAGUGGAGCGUCUACGGGUGGAGAGCGCCAGCGAGGCUGGGCGUGCCAGGCAGACCCAGGCUAAACUAGAGGCCCUGCAGAGCCAGGUGACCAGCCAGACCCAGCAGCUGACCCUGGCCUUUGACCACCAGAGCAGACACAUCCAAGACCUGCUCGCAGAGCUUCAGGAGAAGGAGGGCGCCAUCCUCCGUCAGGGACAGGAGCUGCAGCGCUGCAAGGAUGAGCUGGUCGCACUCCGGGAGGAGAGGCCGAAGCAGGAGAUGGGGAGGAGGGAAAGCGAGAGAAGGGAGGAGAACCAACAACAAGAGGAGGGGAUAGAGGUGGACGAGAAGGAAAGUGGGGCCACCGCGUGGCCUCAGAAGGAGGACACUCACAUAGACAGUCGUAGGGGCUGUCUGCUAACCCUUAGCACUGAGGCUGCCUCUGUGAUGGAAGAGAGCACAAACAUAACAAUGAAACCACUCAAUCCACCCCAGGCUUCCUCUGCACUUAAUGUGGAAGGUCAGAAAAACUGUGUCACAGAAUCACAUUAUGUAACAGAAAGUGCUUCCACUCUAGGCAGCCAUUCUAUCAAAACUGUAACAGUGAAGAUGGAAGACUCUGCGGCCUCGGCCCAGUCAGACGUGAGCAAAGAGCCUGCUGAAAUUACAGAGGCUUUCAAAGUUGUUAAUUUAACUGUCACACAUUGUAGUGAGCAGAUGGAACAGGCUGAGAGCCGCAAGCUCCAACAAAUUAUCCCUGGUGGAGAACACAUCGCAGACAGCCCUGCGUUCAGGAGACUGACUGAAGAGUUACACCAAGUCCAGAGAGAUUUGACUUUAGCCAGGACUGAAACUCAGCGUCUGACUGCAGAGAUAGAGAAUGCCUUAGGUCCUAACAACAAACCAGAAGACACCAGUGGACACGAUAGAGGAGGGGAACGUUUAUCACAAGAGCUGCAGGCUCUGAAACAGGAGAAUCAGCUACUGCUACUGAAACUUCAAGCUGUGGCUGCUAUGACCGUCUCAGAACGAGAAACUAGUUUUGCCAGUAAUCCAACACCAUCGCCUUCAUGUGAAGGCCAGAAAGGAAGAAAAGAGCCAGGGCAAAUGAGUGACGUUGAUGCUGUCAUCUCUGAAUGGGAAAACGCAUUGCUGGACGGUGGGAAACCGAAAGAUGAGGGGAGAUUGCAGGGACAGUUGGAAGGGGAGAGGGAAACAGAAACUCCACCGGCUCCACUUCAGAUUACCUGUCUACAGCAGCAGCUGGUGGCGCUGCAGGCUGAGCUGCAGUCGCUCUCUGAGGAGAACCAAAGGCAGGCUGAGGAGCUGGCAGUGUGGAGGCUGACGACUCAGGCCCCCUGUCUGGACUCAGAGGAGCCAGUUGACGGCACCGCCCCAGGCCUGAAUACUGGAGGCUACAACACUGUGACAGUGAUCAAGGAGGACGAGCUGCUUCUGUCCUGCAACUCCAGUAGACUCUAUGGAAGGACCCUGGCCUCAAGGAUACAACACUGCAAUUCUCCUGAAUCCAAGCGUCCCCAGAACUCAAACAGAAAGACAUUAGAGCUGGACAUGGAGGAUGGAUUGAAAUAUCCCCAGACCAAAGAAACACAUUUUCAUGAGACAGUAAAGCAAACCAAACAGAUGAGAGCUGGUCAGGGUGAUGUUCAUGGUCAACACUACUCUAAUGAACAUAGAAAAGAUGAAGGCGAUGAUGCAGAAGUGAUCAAAGCCGUUUCCCCAACAUCAGAGCUGCAGACCAAGGAGCCCGCUGCUCAAAAUGUCCCAAAAGAUGGGACCAAACUAAACACACUCCAAGCAACUGAUGAAACUAAGACCAAAGAAGUAGUCUCAUGGCACAAUGUGGACUUCAUAGGGUUAGAGACGCUCAAAGACUUUCCCUCUGUUGCUGGUGUGGACGAUGAAUCCACUGAAACAUUGGCCUGUGAAAAUGAACAGCCCAGAACCAACCAGGGAGGUCCAAUCAGCACCGGUACCAAGGAAGGAAUUCACUCCUCGGCCCAUAGACAAACCACCACAGUCACUACAACAGAAUGGCAAACGGAGAGAACCGUAGUGGAGAACAAGGUUGUGUGUGCAAAAGUCACAGCAGCAGGAGAGAGGGGUGAAGAGAGCGUGCCCUCUGUAGCGCUGAGGAGCGCCAGCACUCAGACAGAGGAGGAGGCAGCAGGAGUGCGCGUCCCCCCAUCCACUCCUUCAGCCGUACCAGAAACCCAGCACCAAUACACACAGACUGAGGAAGAGGAUGAAGAGCCCACAGAAUCGCCACCCAUGUCUCCAGUCCGAAUUUCACAGGCUGAAGGGGACCGGAUGCUGUUUUCCGGUUCCUUCCCGAUCCCAGCCGAUCCGGCCCGCCUGGCGGAGCGCAUCCGCCGUAACCGGAGUCAGAUGUCUGCGGCGUACGAUGACACGGAGUACGAGCCCUACGGCCUGCCUGAGGUGGUCAUGAAAGGUUUUGCUGACAUCCCCAGCGGUCCAGCCUGCCCGUACAUCGUGAGAAGAGGGCUUCUGGGUACCGCUGCUGUGCCCCACCCCCAGAGAAGCACCGACCACGGGGACGGUCUCGAUUAGACCCCAACAGACCCACCAAUGGACCAUCAGAGAUCUGUUUCACUGCCUACUAUUAAGACCUUCUGAGUUCUGACCUGGACUAGGCUGCUGACCUGUGGUACUUGAGCAUAGAGGGGGAAAAAGGCUUAUCUUAAUUAACUGAAACACCUGAAGAAGGACAACGACACAAGCAACAGCUAUUUCACUGGCCUUAUUGAGUUUACAAACACUUUUUUUGACCAAGGCUCUUUGGUUUCUCAGCACCUACCAUGCUACUCUUCUUAACAAGUCGAAUGAUUCACGUUGCAUUGAUAUGCCUAGAAUGACACAGUGCCCAAUUAAUGUCUUGACUUUUUUAAUAAGCUACUCACCUGUAAGGUUAUCAUUUAUUUAAUGUGUUUGGCCAGGAUGAGUCCCCUUAUGUUAAAAAAAUACAUAUAUUAUAAUAAUAAUUGUAUAGUAGAAUUUGUCUUUGAAUCGUUUUAUUUAUAGACACUUGAAUGUUUUAGUGUGUGUUCAAAUCGUCUUUCAUCAGCAGCGGGUGUGUAUUUGAGGGAGGUUGUUGGUUCAGUCUAAGCUGUAUAGGAGGACUUAAUGUAUGAUGAUGCUAUGUGUGGGCCGUUGUUUUCUGUGUGUGUGUGCGUGCGUGCGUGCGCACGCCUGUGAAUGACUCAACUCCAGCUUGUUUCCACUCCAUGUAUGGUGCUCCACUGUGAGCACUCUCUUUCCUUCUUCCGUUGCUUUUCAUUCGUUCUUUCCUUACUCUCAAAUGCUUUUAACGUUUGCGCUAUAACACUGCGCUCCUGAAUUUUCUCUCUUCAGUAAAGCUGUGUUUUUGGAAUGUCAUUUAUAGAAACUGCAAGUUUGCAGUCUUUUUGUACAUUUGUUUUUCCUAGAUUUAAUAUAUUUCAUCUAUUUGUUAUGGAUUAUUUUAGUGCACAUUAUUUCUUUUGCGCAUUGGAUGUACAGUGGUUUAUAGAUUUUUUUAUUUAAGUUUUUUUCAUCAAUAAACUGCCCUGGU